AUGCUUUCAAGCUUGUCAGAGAUUCAGUUAAGCAAGAAAGUGUAUCAGCAGAAGAAGAAGGGAAGUUCAUCUAAGAAAAAGCAUUUAAAAAGAAAACAACCAGCUGAACCUUCUUCUCCUACAUCUUCUGAGGAAACUGUUUCUGAGUCUGGGACUCCAAAACCAUUAAGAACACCACCUCCUAAAAACUCAACCAUCAGAAGAUCACAAUCACCAAAAACACCUUCACCACCUAGACAUUCUUCACCAAUUCAAACAACUCCACUUCCUGAAAUUCUAACACCAGAUCCUCCAGCAAUGCCUCAAUCACACUCAAUUCCAACUCAUAUUCCUUCAUCAACAAUAUCUACAACUGUUUUACUAACUCCUCCACCGACAUACCUUCAAGGCCGCAGGAAGUCCAUUCCUGUUCAUAUCAAAAAGAAUACAUUCAAAAGAUCUCGCUUUGAGUAUGAUCGUUUUUCACAAGUUGAACUAGAAGAUGUGGUUGUUUCUGAUAUUGAUUCAUCUGAUAAUGAUGCCAAUCAUUCUGAUCAAUCAAGUGAUCCUGAUCCGUUUCAACCAGGGAAUGGGACUGAUAAUGAUAGUGAUUCUGAUUCGGAUGAUUCUAAUGAUGCUCCACCAAGACCAGCUAUGUCUUAA